UCGCAUUUUAUCAAGUAGAGGAAGGUCUUUACUUGACCAUGAGCUACUGGAACGUACUCUAUCUGAAUGUGAAGAAGGAAGAGAAGUGGCCAAAAAGCUAAUAGAGCUCUUUAGUAGUUUAGGAAGGGUAAUUAACGCUGACUUUCAUGAGCUAAAAAAUGUUACAGGAAUGAAUGAUGGAGCAAUAGCAAGUAUCUUUUGUCUGAAAGAGAUUUUCGAUAGGAUACUGAAAGCAAUAGGGCAGUCACGAAAGGAAAGCUUGCGAGUAAUAUACUUAGAUCGAAGUGGUCAUUUGAUAUACGAGUAUAUUCAAGACUGUGGAACUAUAGACAGAGUACCUCUAUAUGUGAGAGAAAUAAUCAAACAGGGAUUACUGAUCGAUGCAUCAUCUAUUGCAAUUUCACAUAAUCAUCCAAGUGGAGAUACAGAACCAUCAAAGGAGGAUGAGGAUAACACACUUACAUUAGCUGCAACCUGCGAAAAUGUAGGAAUGAAAUUAAUAGAUCACAUAAUCGUAACACAGAAGAGCCACUUUAGUUUUUAUGAUAGUGGUUUAUUGUAAUCUGUAGACCGGAAGGAAAGUUCUCCAACUUUCCUUCUUUUUUUCUACUUCAUAAAUUAAAAAAUUCAAUAUAAGCUUGAGCAGCUAAAAUUAGUAAUGAAAGGUGGAAUUAGGCAAAAAAAUAAAAGAACUUAGAUUAUACUGUGGUUUAACACAAACUGAGUUGGGAAAGAAAAUAGGCGUUUCG